AAGUGUGCUUCGCUUGGCUCAGCUGUGUGUCUACUCUCGUGAUCUUAUUGGGUAGUAGCGGGGUUUCUCUGCGAUGAUGUCAGCGGUAUGAUUGGGUAGGUUUUAGGUAGAGGACCAGUAGCGUAGGAAGACACAUUAUAGGUCUUUUACGGCCCAGGAAAGGUUUAUUGUAGUUCCUCUAAGAAAUAUUGAAGCCGUGGCCUACUCUGACUCAAUUGCAUUGAAUGGACAAGACUUUGUUUACCCGUACUGCUGGUGCAUGGAUAUUUAUUAACUGUUAAAGUGACACAAACCAUGAACUACGUUGGGCAGCUUGCCGGUCAGGUGUUUGUCCAGGUGAAGGAGCUGUAUAGAGGACUAAAUCCUGCAACACUAUCAGGAUGCAUUGAUAUCAUUGUGGUGCGUCAGCCAGACGGGACUCUCCAGUGCUCUCCGUUCCACGUCCGGUUUGGGAAAAUGGGGGUGCUGAGGUCACGGGAGAAAGUGGUGGACAUAGAAAUUAAUGGGGAACCUGUGAGCUUGCAUAUGAAGCUUGGAGAAAAUGGGGAAGCCUUCUUCGUUCAGGAGACAGGGGAUGAUAAGGAGAUUAUCCCCUCAUACCUUGCUACCUCCCCCAUCCUGUCAGACAGGGCCGUCCUCAUGGAAGCACAGAUGAAGAAGAAUUCGGUGGAGAGGCACAGAAGCUCUGUCCCCAGUGCAUCUUCUCAAUCACUGAUCUCCAUUCACGUGUCCCAGACUGGAGCAGACUGCCAGCCAGGCAUCGGCUCUGUGAAGAAAAGACGGAAGAAACGACGAAAGCCAAAGCUCGACAGCAUGAAGAGAGAGGACAGUGGAGAUCACUCUGAAGAUGAAGACAUGUUUCCUAUUGACAUGAGCUCUGACGAGGAAGCUGAGCUGGCAGACAGUGUCAGGGUAUCGGCACGGGAUACCUACAGUGAUGAAAAAACAUCGAGCAGUAAUUACACACAGAGCACAGUGCACGCUCGUUCAGGUGGAGAAUGGUCACCUAUUCAAAGCAAGACCAUAGAGUGCAAAGGUCCAUCCUGUGCUUUACAUGUCCCUGGCAGUGGAGGCUUGUCUGUCUCUUGCCCUCAGCAAUCUUCUUUCUUCCAGUCUUCAGACAGCCCUGGUGGAUCCCGCCCUUCAACCCCCAAAAGUGACUCGGAGCUGGUCAAGCCUUCAGACAAAGUGAAGCAGAACAACCCAGAGAUGCUCUGGGCCUGGGGAGAGCUACCUCAUGCUGCAAAGCCUUCGUUCACACAGAAGUCAGAGCUGUCCACUGUGGUAAACAUACCUGUUUCAACAAGCACUCACUUUCGGGUGAUUUCCAGUGAUUCGACCUCAGAGGCCCACCUGAGUGUUUCACCCUCCCCUCCACUCUUUGAACCAGUGGCUUCAGAGCACGAACCCCAGGCUGACACAGGAUUUAACGUCAGGCCUGAUUUUGAGAUGCUAGGAGCAACUGCACCGUUAUUAUCAGAGAAUGGGGAUCAAUGCCAGGCUGAGUUACGGCCAGUCAGUAAAACAGAUUCCCCUUCUAAAAAGAAAGAUAAGAGAAGUCAACAUCUAGGAGCGGAUGGUAUUUAUUUGGAUGACAUCACCGAGUUGGAACCUGAAGUUGCAGCUUUGUAUUUUCCAAAAAGUGAAACCAGCAAUCCUGGUAAGGGCUGCCCCGACAGUGAAACCAGGUCAGCAAACCAGUCCCCCCAGUCUGUCAGCUCUGGAGUGGACAGCGGGGUCGACAGCUUCUCAGACCAAAUCGGAGAUCUACCGUCCAUUGCCAUUUCCCUCUGCGGUGGACUAACUGACAACAAGGAGAUAACGAGAGAACUGUUUCAAGAAAAAUCUGUUUCGUAUCAGCAUUUUGUUGAGAACCCGUCAAUCAUUGAUGACCCAAAUCUGGUGGUGAAAAUUGGAAGCAAGUAUUAUAACUGGGCAACUGCUGCACCUCUGAUGGUAGCCAUGCAGGUAUUCCAGAAACCUCUUCCAAAGGCCACUGUGGAAAACAUCAUGAAGGAGAAGAUGCCCAAGAAAGGGGGCAGGUGGUGGUUUUCGUGGCGUGGGAGAAACAGCACUGUCAAAGAGGAAUCCACAUCAGAACCAGGAGGCAGUAUGUCAGGAUCUAUAGGAGGAGAGGAGUCUGGGAAAAUGAGUUCUUCAAACAGGUUGAAAGACGAGUCUUCUUCCAGUGAUGAAGACACCCGUGCCUCCAAGCUGAGCUCCAGCGCCUUACUGCAGGAGGCCCCCAUGUUCUCCUCUUCAAGUGUUUUAUACAGGAAAACUCUCCGGCUCACCUCCGAGCAGCUGGGAAGCCUCCAGCUGAAGAAUGGCCCCAACGACGUGGUGUUCAGUGUUACAACACAGUACCAGGGCACAUGUCGCUGCGAAGGAACCAUCUACCUGUGGAACUGGGAUGAUAAAAUUGUCAUCUCGGAUAUUGAUGGAACCAUUACCAGGUCUGACACACUGGGUCACAUACUGCCUACCCUUGGCAAGGACUGGACUCAUCAGGGCAUUGCCCGGCUUUAUCACAAAGUUAGCCAAAAUGGCUACAAGUUCCUGUACUGUUCAGCCCGUGCUAUUGGAAUGGCAGACAUGACAAGAGGGUACCUGCACUGGGUUAAUGAAAGGGGAACUAUGCUACCUCAGGGGCCUGUACUGCUGAGCCCAAGCAGCUUGUUCUCAGCACUGCACAGGUAUGCAUUUGUCAUUUAAUUAUAAUGUAACCCUCUUAAAAGAGUGCAUUGAUUAUCUCCCGUGGGAAUGGCAGGCUGACAAACAGGUGAUUGAGACUUUGUAAGCAACCCCUGAGGACCAAAGAGGGUCAUAGAGAUUCAAAAUCCUGUUUUACAAAUGCUGAAUCUGGUGAAACUCAAGCAAUGGGGUAAUUUUAAAGGCAGCCACCUUGGCCACUAUGUAAUUUCUCAGCAGAGGUGCUUAA